AUAGCGGUACGUAAUUAUGAUUAGCUUUGUAAUCUGAUAUUCUGAUUCCAUUUACCUAAAAUCUAUUUAAUCAAUGAUGAUGAUGAUGCUGAUGCUGACGACCCUUUUGCAGGUGGAGGUCUAGCAGAGCAAGAACCAUCGGUAAUUUGAGGCAACAACGUGUCAAUUCAUUAACUAGUUUAGCUGAACUUGGCAUCUAAUGAUUGUGGGGUUGCAGGGAACUUGGUGCGUGGCAAAGCCUGGAACAGUUGAUGACCUGCUGCAGCAGAACAUUAACUUUGCCUGCAACCAGGUGGACUGCAGUCCGACUCAUUUUGGUGGUGUAUGCUUCUAUCCAACCACCCUCAUUAACCAUGCCUCGUUCGCCAUGAAUCUUUACUACCAGACUACAGGCAGAAAGAAAUCGAGCUGUGACUUCAGGGAGACUGGCCUCCUUGUCUCAAAUGAUCCAAGUAAAUUAGCACGUUUUCCUUUCGGAGUUUUAAUUGUUUAAUAGCUUUGUUUUGAGCUUGAAUAUUGGACUGUUGUGCAGGUUAUGGUAACUGCUCCUACCAAUGCUCAAAUCAGUGAAAAACUACAAUGAACUUUCAAUGUUGUUUCGACAAUAAAGUAGGAAAACUUCAUGUUCUUUCCAUCGCCUCUAGAUCAACGAGAAGAAUCCUGCAAAUUCCAGUUUUCCCUUUUAAUAAUUUGAGCAUUGUUUGGU